UGUCUGUAUAUACAAUUUGCCAUCUAAACCACGCAAUGCUCGCUCCAUUUAUUUUCGAAGACUACAUCUUAUUCGCUCUUGUAACUUUUUGAAAAUACAUUAGUUACAUUUAUUUCGUACGAGCAUUGUACAUGAAAACCGAUUGUCACUUGACAUAUAAAACAAUACACUAAAAACGAAUACAGUGCGAAGUCCAUAUUUGCCAACGAGGAAUAUUUUCAUUCACUUGUGGAGAAAAAAACACACAGGUCAUAGGCCAUCGUAGGUUCCGCUACGUUGAGAUGCUGUACGUGAACGACAUGAAUUGGUCCGAUGCAUGCUAGGUAUACUACUACCGUAGCUAUCCUCCUCUAGCUAGCCGACAGAGUGGGAAAUAUUCAUAGGAUUGUUUCAUUUACAGAGUGACAUAACGGUUUUUAGAAUACCGUCCCUAGCCUCUCGGGAGAGUUAUCCGGAUUCGAUCCGACAAGGAUUGUUUCAUUUACAAGCUGCAUUGAGUAUUUAUCACAGCUGCAUUUGUUAGAAUCUAUAAUACUGCGAUGGACUUCAGAUGGCACCAGUUAACGCCUUAUCAUUUAUUGGUAACGGCUUUGGUUGGGCUAGUGGCUGCGUGGUUUGUGAAGCACCUGAUGAGGCUACCGAAGAACCUUCCACCCGGGCCGACGGGACUGCCCCUCCUUGGGGUCAUUUCAAAAUUUAUCGGCACUUCUGACCCUCUCGCCCUGCUCUCGGAGUGGGCCGACAGGUACGGUGAGAUCACGUCCUUCAACAUCGGUCCACAGUUGGUGGUACUCCUGAACUCUUAUGAUGCUGUCGCGGAGGCUUUCCGACACCCCGAUCUCCAGGGCAAACCCAGGAGCCGCAUGACAGAAGAAGUCUCUGGGUUCAAACCUAAUUCAGGUCUGCUGAUUGGGGCUGGACAAUCGUGGAAGGAGCAGCGCAAGUUCACUCUCUCCGUCUUCCGUAGCCUCGGGGUCGGCAAAAAGAGCUACGAAGACACCGUCGCAGCCGAGAUGGCCCAGCUAGGGAGGGCUAUCAAAGAGACGAAAGGGUCUCCAUUUGACCCCAGCAUCCUCGUUGGACAAGCAGUAGCCAACGUCAUCUGCACUGUCAUUUUCGGGACACAGUACAAGUACGACGAUUCAGAGUUCCAACACGUAUGUCUAAGACCUCAUUACUCUUAUUAUUACACUAUUUCAAAGAAGAUUUUGAGAAGAAAAAAAUUGUUCCAAAUAGGCCUGGACAUUAUGAUCCAGUAG